UUAGCUCCCGCGCUAGAGAGAAACAUGUAUCGUUUCCGAUCACAGCUCUUCACCGGGAUUUCUGCAGCCGCCAGCGCCCGCUCUCACCCACGCCGCUCCUCGCCUCUGUUAGCCGAAGCCUCGCCGCUCAGCCGCCCGCCGCACAGACGCACGAGUAAAAAGUGCAGCUCCAUCGGCUGA